AUGGCUUCGGCGCUCGAUUCGUUCAUGUCCUACCUGCGCAUUCCGCUCAUUGCGUCUUCUGGAAUCGCAGCCCUGCUCAGUGGUCUCCUUUAUUUCAAGCAAAAUGAAAUCAUAUACCCACGAAAUUUCCCGCCAGACGCUCGAACCAACGUGCCCCGGCCCUCGCAAUUCGGCAUCACCGACUACGAAGAGUUGUUCAUUCCCACGCCCGACGGCGAGUCGCUGAGCGCCUUCUUCAUUCGAGCCAGCAAGCAACAUGCGCGCAACGUUACCAUCCUCAUGUUCCAUGGCAACGCAGGCAAUAUUGGCUAUCGGCUCCCCAUUGCAAAGAUACUGGAGAACGACUUGCGCUGCAAUGUCUUGAUGCUGCAAUACCGUGGCUACGGCCUGUCGUCUGGAAAUCCCAAUGAAAAGGGGCUGAUGAUCGAUGCGCAAACGGGUCUGGACUACAUCCGCCAAAGACACGAACUCCGAGAUACUAAGAUUGUGAUUUAUGGCCAGAGUAUCGGUGGCGCUGUGGCUGUGGGACUGGCGGCGCGCAACCAAAAGGAGGGCGAUAUUGCCGGAAUCAUGUUGGAAAACACCUUCACGUCGAUCAAGAAACUCAUACCAACGGCCUUUCCACCUGCUCGCUUUCUGACGCCCUUGUGCCAUCAAAUCUGGCCUACAGAGGAUACGAUGCCCAAGAUUGCAAAGAUUCCCAUUCUUUUCCUCAGCGGUCUGAAGGACGAAAUCAUCCCGCCAUCGCACAUGACGCGGUUAUUCGAUGUGUGCAAAGCGCCCAAGGUAUGGAGAGAACUGCCCAACGGCAGCCACAACGACACCGUUGCAGAACACGGCUAUUUCCAGUACAUUGAAGAGUUUCUGAACGAGUAUGUGGCCCGCUGA